UGUUUUGCCAAGAAAAUGUUUUGCACAGUCUUGAACAUGUACUGUCCAUGCUGAUGGGACAAGAUCCAAUAUGAAUAUAAAUGAUGGGGGAAGACGACGCUUUGAGGAUAAUGAACACACGUUACGCAUAUAUCCUGGGACAAUUUCAGAAGGGACAAUCUACUGUCCAAUUCCUGCCAGAAGAAACUCCACAGCUGCUGAGGUGAUUGAUUCUCUUAUAAAUAGACUCCAUCUUGACAAAACAAAAUGUUAUGUACUAGCAGAAGUGAAAGAAUUUGGUGGCGAAGAAUGGAUACUCAAUCCAACAGACUGUCCAGUUCAGCGAAUGAUGUUGUGGCCUCGAAUGGCUCUGGAAAAUCGCUUGAGUGGAGAGGACUACCGCUUUCUUUUGAGAGAAAAAAAUCUUGAUGGAUCAAUCCAUUAUGGUAGUCUUCAGUCAUGGCUACGGGUAACAGAAGAACGUCGCAGGAUGAUGGAAAGGGGUUUUCUUCCACAACCACAACAGAAGGACUUUGAUGAUUUAUGUAGCUUACCUGAUUUGAAUGAGAAAACUCUUUUAGAAAACCUUCGAAAUCGUUUUAAACAUGAAAAAAUUUAUACCUAUGUUGGCAGUAUUCUGAUAGUUAUUAACCCAUUCAAGUUUCUUCCUAUUUAUAACCCCAAAUAUGUAAAAAUGUAUGAUAACCACCAAUUAGGAAAACUUGAGCCUCACAUUUAUGCUGUGGCAGAUGUAGCUUAUCAUGCAAUGUUACAACGCAGAAAGAAUCAGUGCAUUGUAAUUUCAGGGGAGAGUGGUUCUGGUAAGACUCAAAGCACAAACUUUCUUAUUCACCAUCUUACUGCUCUCAGUCAGAAAGGAUUUGCCAGUGGAGUAGAACAGAUUAUUCUUGGUGCUGGACCAGUACUUGAGGCCUUUGGAAAUGCAAAGACAGCUCAUAAUAACAAUUCAAGUCGUUUUGGCAAGUUUAUUCAAGUAAACUACCAAGAAACUGGCACUGUGCUUGGCGCCUAUGUUGAAAAAUAUCUACUGGAGAAGUCCAGACUUGUUUAUCAAGAGCACAAUGAACGGAAUUAUCAUGUAUUCUAUUACCUCCUGGCAGGAGCAAGUGAAGAAGAGAGAUUAGCAUUCCAUCUUAAGCAACCUGAGGAAUAUCAUUAUCUUAAUCAGAUAACAAAGAAACCCCUCAGACAGAGCUGGGAUGAUUAUUGCUAUGACUCUGAGCCGGAUUGCUUCACAGUUGAAGGGGAAGACUUGAGGCAUGACUUUGAGCGUUUACAGCUGGCCAUGGAAAUGGUAGGAUUUCUUCCCAAAACACGAAGACAGAUUUUCUCCCUUCUCUCAGCAAUACUGCAUUUGGGCAAUAUCUGUUAUAAAAAGAAGACAUACCGGGAUGACUCCAUAGAUAUCUGUAAUCCUGAAAUACUGCCUAUUGUCUCAGAAUUAUUAGAAGUUAAAGAAGAAAUGCUGUUUGAAGCAUUAGUUACCAGGAAGACCGUGACAGUAGGAGAAAAGCUUAUUUUACCAUAUAAACUGGCAGAGGCUGUGACAGUGAGAAACUCUAUGGCUAAAUCUCUGUAUAGUGCCCUGUUCGACUGGAUAGUUUUUCGAAUUAAUCAUGCACUUUUGAAUAGCAAAGAUUUGGAGCAAAAUACCAAGACUUUGUCCAUUGGUGUUCUUGAUAUUUUUGGUUUCGAAGAUUAUGAAAAUAACAGCUUUGAACAAUUUUGUAUUAAUUUUGCUAAUGAACGUUUACAACACUACUUUAAUCAGCAUAUCUUUAAAUUGGAGCAAGAGGAAUAUUUAGCUGAAGAUAUCACCUGGCACAAUAUAGAUUAUAUUGAUAAUACCUGUUGUAUAAAUCUUAUUAGCAAGAAGCCAACAGGACUGCUCCAUCUUUUGGAUGAGGAAAGCAACUUCCCACAGGCUACAAAUCAAACAUUGCUAGACAAGUUUAAGCAUCAACAUGAAGAGAAUUCUUACAUUGAAUUUCCAACAGUGAUGGAGCCUGCUUUCAUCAUAAAACAUUAUGCUGGAAAAGUUAAAUAUGGAGUGAAGGACUUCCGGGAAAAAAAUACAGAUCAUAUGCGCCCAGAUAUUGUAGCUCUUCUGAGAAGUAGCAAGAAUGCAUUUAUCUCUGGGAUGAUUGGAAUUGAUCCAGUAGCUGUUUUCCGAUGGGCAGUUCUUCGAGCUUUUUUCAGAGCCAUGAUUGCUUUCAGGGAAGCUGGAAAGAGACACAGUCAGACAAAAACUGGACAUGAUGAUACAACGCCAUGUGCAAUUUUGAAAAGUAUGGAUAGUUUUAGCUUUCUACAACACCCAGUCCACCAGAGGAGCUUAGAGAUUCUGCAGAGGUGCAAGGAAGAGAAGUACAGUAUAACCCGGAAAAAUCCUAGGACACCUUUGUCUGAUCUCCAGGGCAUGAACACCUUAAAUGAAAAAAACCAGCAUGAUACAUUUGAUAUUACCUGGAAUGGCAGAACAGGGAUCCGGCCAAGCCGACUGUCAAGUAGUAACUUGCUUGAUAAAGAUGGAAUAUUUGCUAAUACAACCAGCAGCAAACUCCUGGAGAGAGCCCAUGGAAUUCUCACGAGGAACAAAAACUUUAAAUCCAAGCCUGUCCUUCCAAAGCACUUGCUAGAGGUGAAUUCUUUAAAGCAUCUGACAAGAAUGACUCUGCAGGAUCGAAUUACCAAGUCUCUUCUUCAUUUGCACAAAAAGAAGAAGCCUCCUAGUAUCAGUGCCCAGUUUCAGGUAUCAUUAAACAAGCUAAUGGAGACACUUGAUCAGGCAGAACCAUAUUUUGUAAAAUGCAUUCGUUCUAAUGCUGAAAAGCUCCCCUUAAGGUUCAACGAUACCCUCGUACUUAGACAGCUUCGGUACACUGGAAUGCUGGAGACAGUUAGAAUUCGCCAAUCAGGAUACAGCUGCAAAUAUUCUUUCCAGGAUUUUGUGAGCCACUUCCAUGUACUUCUUCCUCGAAAUAUUACUCCAUCGAAGUUUAACAUUCAGAAUUUCUUCAGGAAAAGACAUCUUAAUUCAGAUAAUUAUCAAGUUGGAAAAACUAUGGUUUUCUUAAAGGAGCAAGAGCGACAGCACUUACAAGAUCUCCUUCACCAAGAGGUGCUUCGAAGAAUCAUACUGUUGCAGAGAUGGUUCAGGGUCCUGCUGUGUAGGCAACAUUUCCUCCAGCUGAGACAAGCAUCCAUUAUUAUCCAGCGAUUCUGGAGGAAUUACGUGAAUCAGAAGCAAGUCCAAGAUGCAGCUGCGUGGAAGAAUACUUUUGUCAUGACCAGUGCAGCUGUUCUUCUGCAGGCUUCUUGGCGUGCUCACUUAGCCAGGCGAUGGUUCUUAGAGCUACGGACUGCAGCCAUUAUCAUUCAGCAGAGGUGGCGGGAGCAUUAUAGGCAGAGACACAUGGCUGCUGUCUACAUACAGGCAAGAUGGAAAGGCUAUAGGGAAAGUAAGCGAUAUCAAGAACAAAGGAACAAAAUUAUCCUUUUGCAGGCCAGAUGUAGAGGAUUCAGAGUAAGACAAAGAUUUAAAGUUUUAAAAGAGCAAAGACGAAAAGAAACAAAACUAGAACUUGGAUUGGUAAAUACGAAGGGAUAUGGUUUUCUGGAGAUUCAAGGUUCAGAUCCUUCAGAAUGGGAAGAUCGUUCCUUUGACAAUAGAGUAAGAGCCAUAGAGGAAUGUAAAUCUGUAAUAGAGAGUAAUCGAAUUAGCCAUGAAAGUUCAGGAGACUGCUCUGUGGAGUCCUCAAUCCAACGACAGGAGAGAACCCGAAGCCAAAGUGGGGUGGACUUGCAGGAAGAUGUGGUUGUGAGAGAGAGACCCAAGUCCUUGGAAGAUCUCCAUCAGAAAAAAGUAGGCCGGGCCAAAAGAGAAAGUCGGAGAAUGAGAGAACUGGAGCAAGCUAUAUUUAGCUUAGAAUUGCUAAAAGUCCGUUCUCUUGGUGGUGUGUCACCUUCAGAGGAACGUAGAUGGUCCACAGAACUGAUGCCUGAGGGUCUUCAGUCUCUACAGGGUACACCUGACAGUGAAAGCUCUCAAGGAAGUUUGGAACUUCUGAGCUGUGAGGAAAGCCAAAAGAGCAAAGUGGAGCCCAUUAUUUCAGAUGGAGAGUUGCAUGUUCCAUCACCGGAGAUAUUUUGCAGCUCUCAAAAAUUUGAUUCACAGGAUAGUACCUUCAGUGCUUCAAGUGAGACUAGCUAUGCAGUGAUGCAGAAACAGAUAGCCUCUAACUCAGAACAUUUGAAGAACGGGACUCUGAAGGAAAAGGUGGUCCGUGGUUCUCAAUCUAUUACCUGUAAACCACAGUCAAGAGAUUCUUUUAUUUCAAAUAGUCUGCCUACUUUUUUUUAUAUUCCCCAACAGGAUCCGUUGAAAACUAUUUCCCAACUAGAUACAGGCAUUCAGAGUAAAGAACUAUUGGAAAGUGAAAAAUCUCUAGUGACAGCUGUUACCUUCGAUGUCAAUAAAGAAGCUCGAAAGUGUGACUUUUUAGGAGAUCAAGUCAUUGCUUCACUAAGUACAGAUUCUUCUAAAUCUGUGCUUGAAAAGUUAGAAAAAUUAAACACUGAGAAGGAAGAAAGGCAAAAGCAAUUGCAGCAGAAGAAUGAAAAAGAGAUGAUGAAACAGAUUCGCCAGCAAACAAAUAUUUUAGAGAAAGAGCGUAAAACAUUCAAGACAAUUGAAAAGCCAAAAGUUAGAGAAUCUUCCUUGGUGCCUUCUUUGCAUCAAUCAAAGCCAGUAGUAGAAAGGCCAUCCUCUCUGUUCAUUCCAGAUGUUCCACAUGAGAGAGAAUCCACUGUACCAGUGCCCCUGUCAAUAACUGUAAAAGAUACAGCUCUUGGCCCAAAAGAUAAUUCCUCUGCUCAUGCAUCUGUGAAGGACCGACCUGUCACCUUGUUCUUUGAUAGAAAAGAAAGUUCAUGCCAAUCCAAGGAAUUAGCUAAGACAGGAACCCAGUUGAAUUUAGCCUAUAGACUCCAUAAUAUUCACACUUCAGAAGAAUACUCAAAACCAUCGAAGUGUUCCAGCCACAAAUCUGAUGACCCUUGCAGAGAAGGAACUACUAGAGCCAUUUUCUUCAUGCCAAAGGACAAGAUGAGUAUUCCCCUUGCCAGCAAGGAAUCCUUAAAGUGUGGAAAUCCUCACCACCAUAAACAAGAUGAACCAACUUGUAAGCCUGCGAAGUUAGCUGGGCCGGGCCAAAGAGAGACGUCACAGCGAUUUUCUUCAGUUGAUGAACAAGCAAAACUUCAUAAAACUAUGUCUCAAGGAGAGAUUACGAAGUUGUCAAUGGAACAGAAGCCUUCAGAUUCAGAUAUAAGACCUCACAGAGCUAAGAUGAGAUUCUGGGCCAAAGGGAAACAUGGGGAGAAAAAGACUACCAGAGCAAAGCCUGUCUUUCAUUCAGAAGUUUCAUCACUGGCAAGCUCAGAUACACUUCCAAGUCGUCAGUUUUCAGAUGGUCUUCUUGGGUACUGUAUUUGAAUUGUAGACCACCCAACACCUCCUUUGAGCCCAGAACUUCCUGGUAGCUGCCGAAAGGAAUUCAAAGAGAACAAAGAACCAUCUCCAAAAACAAAGCGCAAGCGAAGUGUGAAGAUCAGCAGUGUGGCUUUGGAGUCAAUGCACUGGCAAAAUGACUCUGUCCAGAUCAUAACAAGUGCCAGUGAUUUGAAAAGCAUGGAUGAAUUUCUUCUGAAAAAGAUGAAUGACUUAGAUAAUGAAGAUAGCAAGAAAGAUACACUGGUGGAUGUUGUAUUUAAAAAAGCCUUAAAAGAAUUUCGACAAAAUAUCUUCAGCUUUUAUUCAUCAGCAUUGGCGAUGGAUGAUGGGAAAAGCAUACGAUAUAAAGACCUCUAUGCAUUAUUUGAACAGAUUUUGGAAAAGACGAUGAGGCUUGAGCAGCGGGAUUGGAGGGAAUCUCCAGUCAAAGUUUGGGUCAACACUUUUAAAGUGUUUUUAGAUGAAUAUAUGAAUGAAUUCAAAUCUUCAGAGUGCAUACCAACAAAGGUACCAAAAACAGAACGGAAAAAAAGAAGGAAAAAAGAAACUGAUUUGGUGGAAGAACACAAUGGUCACAUUUUUAAAGCCACUCAGUAUAGCAUUCCUACAUACUGUGAGUACUGUUCUUCUUUGAUAUGGAUAAUGGACCGAGCCUCUGUUUGCAAAUUGUGCAAGUAUGCUUGUCACAAAAAGUGCUGUUUGAAAACCACAGCCAAGUGCUCUAAAAAGUAUGACCCCGAGUUAUCAUCUCGACAAUUUGGAGUUGAACUGUCCCGUUUGACCAGUGAAGACCGAACUGUUCCUUUAGUGGUGGAAAAGCUCAUAAACUACAUUGAAAUGCAUGGAUUGUAUACAGAAGGUAUUUACAGAAAAUCUGGUUCAACUAAUAAAAUCAAGGAGCUUCGACAAGGUCUAAAUACAGAUGCUGAGAAUGUAAACCUGGAUGACUAUAACAUACAUGUCAUUGCAAGUGUGUUCAAACAGUGGCUUCGUGAUUUGCCCAAUCCACUCAUGACUUUUGAACUUUAUGAGGAAUUUCUUCGAGCUAUGGGCCUUCAGGAGAGGAAGGAGACAAUUCGUGGUGUAUACUCUGUGAUUGACCAACUCUCCCGAACUCAUCUCAAUACACUGGAACGCCUCAUCUUUCAUCUGGUCAGGAUUGCUCUGCAAGAAGACACUAAUCGAAUGUCUGCAAAUGCUUUGGCCAUUGUAUUUGCACCCUGCAUUCUCCGCUGUCCUGAUACCACUGACCCAUUACAAAGUGUACAGGACAUCAGUAAGACUACCACCUGCGUGGAGCUGAUUGUUGUAGAACAGAUGAAUAAAUACAAGGCUCGUCUCAAAGACAUCAGUAGCUUGGAAUUUGCAGAGAAUAAGGCAAAGACCAGGCUCUCCCUGAUUCGUAGAUCAAUGGGAAAGGGUCGUACUCGGCGAGGGAACCAUGCCAGUCCUUCCUCUCCUGCUGUGGUUCGUUUGCCCUCCGUGUCUGAUGUCCCAGAAGAGGCUUUGACUAGUGAGGCGGCCAUGGAGACAGACAUCACAGAACAGCAGCAAGCAGCAAUGCAGCAGGAGGAGAGAGUGCUGACUGAACAGAUUGAGAACCUCCAGAAAGAGAAGGAGGAGCUGACAUUUGAAAUGCUCGUACUGGAGCCCCGUGCCUCUGAUGAUGAAACUCUGGAGUCUGAGGCCUCCAUUGGAACUGCUGACAGUUCAGAAAAUCUGAAUAUUGAGUCAGAAGGUGCUAUCUCUGAGAAAUCAGAGAGAAGCUUAGCACUUAGCUUCCUCAAGCCAGCUGGCAAGUCUGAAUCUUCAAGCAAAUUGCAAAAGCAGCUAAAAAAGCAGCAAGAUUCUUUGGAUUCAAUGGACUCUUCAUGUCUGCCUAACACUGCGUCUUCUCAUGGGACCAGAAAACUAUUUCAAAUUUAUUCAAAAUCACCAUUCUACCGAGCUUCUUCAGCUAGUGAGGCCCUGGGAAUGGAAGCGCCAUUGGGCCAGACUAAGUCCCUGGAAGACAGACCUCAGUUCAUUAGCAGAGGAACAUUCAACCCUGAAAAGGGCAAACAAAAAUUAAAGAAUGUGAAGAACUCACCUCAGAAAACCAAAGAGACCCCAGAAGGGACGGUAGCGUCAGGCCGCAAGAAAACUGCAGACCCAGACUGCACCUCCACUCAACAGCUAGCUCUCUUUGGAAAUAAUGAAUUCAUGGUCUGAACUGGCAGAUGUGUGUUCUUUCAUGACCACAUCUCAUCUUUGGGGUCUCUGCUCAUCACCUCGUCCACAAUAAUCCAUCUGAUUGUGGUCCUGCCUCUUGCCCAAGCAUACAACCAAAACCUUGUGUACUGAAUUCCUAGGCCUCCUGCAGAAAUGGAAAGGCCUCUUGGAAGCCUGCUAGAGUUGGUGCCAGCUGUGCCUUGGCUAUUGAAUUUGAAUUAAGAUUUUACUAAAAAUCAACCUGGGGCCUGGGCGUUUCGAUCCGCUGUGGAGGUCUUUGAGCUGCUUCCCCCUGACCCUGUUUUUUCUUCCCAGCUGUGGGAGUUGAGCUGGGAGAGGAAGACAUUGGUGGGCCAAAGGGGCCCACUGAAUACUGACAUUUGAUGAAAACAUGCAAAUAUUUCCUAACCAUGAAAGCAAAAGCUUUUGGGCUUAUUUUGGGGUAGUUAGGAACUCGAGUUGAAUAUAAUUUUUUCCAAGAAUUUAUAGCAAAAAGCCUGAGCCCUCUAUUUUAAGAUUUUCUAAAUAACACUCCAUGUUGUAUUCUGGGGAAAG